CAACGUUCACAGCAACGCUUGUCAUGCCCAGGGAGACCGUUCGAGGCAAGUCAAUGAUCCCAACGGCCACAAUCAAACGACUCUGGCGGGCUUCCAAGGAAAUCGAUUCACCAUCCCCUGUGCAGCGUAAACAAAAGCAAUCUGAAAGUCCCAAUUCAGACGAAUUCGCCAGAUGGGCUAAAUGGGGCUGGGUAAGUGAUGUGAAAGAAAGUUGGGAGGACGUUGAUCCCUUCGGGUCUGAAGAUCCUCUCGAAUGCCCUGUCACUCCACCCGAAUAUGCUCAUACUGGCAGCAACACGCCUAUCAGCUUUGAUCUGGCUCAUGGCAUGGAGCGCAGCUCUCUUUCCAACGCUGUCAUUGACCCAGUCUUCCUGGGCGAGGAUUUUGCAGCAUUGCUCAAAGUUCCUAGAAUCCCAUACACUGAGAGUAUUUGGGUAGACCUCUGGAUUCCCAUCAAAGCUGGAGAACAAGUGAUUCCACUCGAUGGCCAGUAUUUGUCAUCGUUGAAAUCAUUUGCUGGGCUGAGAUAUUUGAAAAUCAGUGGCAUGCUAAAGUCCUACCAGAAGGAGAUAUUUCAAGCUGUCUGGGAGAUGGAGUUACUAGAGGAGCUUGAUUUGAGAAUGGCUGAGGAGCCGCAGCUUUCGCUUGGAGUGUACUGGCGGCGCAUUGAGAAGGGGUGGUCUCCAAAACGACGUGAGCCCCAGGUUUACAGGUGCCCUGGUGACGGGAAAGGACGCAUCAAAAAGCAUUUUGGAAAUGCAGAAUACCUUGAAAACAGUGUCAUCGAACUAGCAAAACCACGAUUCGACGAAGGCACUAUCGAAUACGAAACCUGGGCAACACAAACCCUUCCCAUCAUUAACCUGACUCUGAGAGGCUUCGUCGUUGACGCCAUUCCAUUUCAUAGCUGCUUCUAUGGAAAUAAACUUCGUGAAAUCACAUUGACGGACUGCUACGACGCCGGUUUCUAUCUCCCGUCUGACAUGGCUGAUGAUGUUCGCAUCAAUAUCGACGGCUUUGAAACGGCGACCGUGGCACCUAUCCACGAUCUUCCCAAGGAACUCAAACAUAUCACGUUGAAAGACGGCAAGAAAGUUGACGAAUACCCCGCUCACGUUGAAUCGCCUCAUCCUCUACACUGGUUCACCCCGAAAGAGAAACCCCUCCCGACUACUAGCCCUGACCCACCGCCAUACAGCCCUGGCAAACACCCUAACCGACAUGCAACCGUUGGAGGGCAGAAUAUUUCUCCUGCGCCAGCACCAGGUGGAAGACUGUCUCUGUUUUCCUGGCGUCGUCGCAAGGAUCAUUCAAUUGCCAUUGGUGAAGAAGACGAAGAUUAAUCAGUCUAUCAGUCACGACUGCUUCUUCUAUCCAUCAUCUUAUUUCUCCUUUUCUAUUGAAUUUGAAACGACGAAUCCAACUUCUAAUGAUUUCACGAGUAAUAACGGCGUCAUGCAGAUCAUCUUGGCCAGCUUUAUUUAAAAGACAAUAGCC